AUGGCAAGACCAGAGAGGCCGCGAUGGACAGAAGUAGAAGAUUGGGUGCUCUUUGAAUGUAAAACAAAAAAUAUGGAUCUACCUUGGCCAGAUAUCGCAAAGCUGACAGAACUGGACAGAAGUGGCAAAAAUUGCAGAGAGAGGUGGAAGUACCACCUGGAUCCUGAUGUCAAGAUGGAGAAUUUCUCCCAAGAGGAAGACGAUUCCAUCGUCUGCUUCCAGUCGCUCUAUGGGAAUAGCUGGUCUAGUAUUGCGGCUCAUCUUCCUGGGCGAACCGAUAAUGAUGUCAAGAAUCGCUGGUACAACCAUUUGAAGAAGCAGCAGCUUGGGAGAAGUACCGGGGAUCAGCAACAUAUCGAUCCAAAUGCAAGCCCAAGCUCGAUUCCUACACUGGUUUCAGCCUCACAAGAAAUAGCCAGCACUUGGUCCAUUUCUGGAUUAGCCUCUCUGGAGGGCGAGUUCACGCCAACUGAAGAAGUCUUCAAAUUUUGGUCUGCUUGA